UAUGUUGGCUAACAUGCAAAGAAAUAUGCGUGUAUUUGUUUGUGUGUGUGACGUAAUAAAUCUUUGUAAACAUUGAGAAAAACAAAAACAAGAAGGCAAUCAAGUUACCGACUAGUGAGUCAUCAUAGAUCGAACUGGUAGAACAUAACGCAUGAAAACAUUAGGACAAUACUAGCUUAUUUGUAUGUUGAGUAUGAAACAUAAAACACGAAUAUUGAAAAAAUAAGAAAAUGAGCAGUUCCUGUGUUCAAUCAAAUUUUACCACUGUUGAGUUCUUUGUGGGAAAAUGAUCCUAGGAAGCAAACAAGGGUGUUUAAUUUAGUUAUUUUUAUUUAAAAUUUUUUGUUAAGCACUGAUGCCAAAAUCCAAAGAUGGAAGAUUUGGUGGAUGCACAUUACUUCACGCUGCCAUCACAAGGAAACAUCUACACCCUGACUAAACUGUCCAUGUCAAACGGGAUUAACAAAAUACUGGCUGCUUCCUUACGGCGGAAAGUUUAUUUGUUUGAGUAUUCAAUUGAUGAAAAUGGCAGCUUAACACCCAUGGUCAAAGAAAUCCAGUUUACAUACAUACCAGGUGGUGCCGAAAUUAUAUCCAUUGAUGCUUUUUCAAAGUCGCAGACUAGCAAUGACUUUGUAAUUGGGAUUACCAUCACUAAGAGCGGGGACGACAACUCAGAGACGUACCUGCACAUCUACUCGGAGUGGGACUCCAGCUCCGAGUUCAGCCUGGAGAACGCAGCGCAGAACUGCCUCAUGCUGGAGCUGUCCUUCGUGCCGUACCAGCUGUGCCACGCGGAGCUGGUGGUGGGCGGCGCCCGGGAGGUGGUCUGGCUGCUGUCGGGCAGCGACCACAAGGUGCACGUGUUCCGGGAGGACAGCCCGAACCACAGCUACAGCGAGGCCAGCACGGCCGACUUCUUCCCGGAGCUGAGCGACGCUCCCAGCGUCGUCACCUCCAUCUGCAUGCGCUACGAUGCCAGCUACUCCCGGCGAAUAUCAGCUUUUGGCUGCAACUGCGGCUACGUGAAGGUGUCGGUGGUAAGCGUGGAGAAGAGAGAGGUGGUCUCCAGCUGGGACAUGAGGUUCGAAGGCUUCAUCUCGUCCGUCCAGCUGUUCACCGUGGAGUCCCUCCUGCGGUGUCCUUCCUUCGUGGAGCUGCGAGACGAGGCGGCUGCUUCGUGCGACCAGGAGCCACCACUGAAUCUGCUCGUCACGUGCGUCGUGGAGAACGCCAUCACCUUCAUGGAUGUUCUGAACAAAGGCUUCAGUUGUGUUCGCGUGCUUGUCGGCAGCGCCCAGUUUGAUGCAGUUCUGUGCUCGCUUGCUGCUGAUAUCGACAUGGAUGGCCAGAAAGAGAUCCUCAUUGGCACUUUUGGGCAGGAGCUGCUGGUGUACAAGUUGAAGACGGAGGCGGAUGACAGUGAGUGGCAGCUGCUGAGCCAGCGCACGUUUGCCAACCCGAUUCAGGCCAUGAUGUACCUGGACGUCAGCGGCGAUGGCGUAAGGGAGCUGAUAGCACUCACGCUGAGGGGCGUCCACGUCAUGCAGCAUGAUUCCAAGAUCGUGGAAGAGAAAUUCAUGAGCCGCUUCAAUUCUCUGAAGCUGAAGAUCCCGCAGUGCGAAGAUGCAAGCUGAUCCGGGUGUGAUGCCUCGUAACUAGACGCACGGCAAGGUGAUCCCAUACCGACCUGGCACACAGACGUCCGCUCUCAUGCCGCACCUGGGUUUCCAGACUUAGAAAAUUUUUGAAAAUUUUGAAAUUUGGUCACUUUGAAUUUUGAAUAUUUGUUUUGUGAGUUUGCUAGCCACACUAGUUCAGCGUCAAUUGUUGUCAUUUGGGCUGUCUCUUGAUAAGGAAAAGUGAAUUCUGUGCUCAGUGAGGUCUCAAGGAAGGUUCCUGGCCACGUGGCUGGAGAGAGCAAUUGAAUGUAAAACGGUGUAGAAUUAUUACAUAUUAUAACGUACAUGGUGCUACCGCAGCACGAAGUCUGUUGCAUUUCAAUGCCGGAGCAUGGUCCUGCGUACUGGUGGGACCAGAGAAUUACGGUUACGACUGCAAGUAAUGUGCGGGUUUAAAUGUCUGGUAGCAAAGUGGUGUUAAUGUCCAAGGAUGGCAAUGCACAGUUACAGACUUAGUGAUGCUUAUAAGUUUGUUUAGUGGCACACGAUAAACACUAGAUGAAGACAAAACAUGGAAUAAUUAACACUACAAGAAAACACUAGAAUUACAUAUUUCCUGAUUUAAAACACAUGCGCGAAGGCUAAGCGUUUAGCGCGUUUUGCGAAUAGUAGAGCUCGGUUCAAUUACUUCAGUAGUUCUUAAGAAUGGGCGAAGGCUCUCACUUACAUAUUUCUCACGUGUGAGGAUGCAGCCUACAGCAAAGUCUCAUGGAAGUGAAUUUAAGAUGUAGGAAAGUUCAGUAAAGCAUUUGCACAUUUCGUCUGUAGACAGCCCAUUGUGGGCAAUGAUGGAAAGUUUACAAGCACGACCUUACUGCCGAAAAUGGGGUGCAAAUUCACCCCUUCGACUACAAAAAAAAACUUGCGAACGUGCGGCUGCGAAAGUUACAUUUAAGUGAAGUGGUGAGCUCUGUAAAACUGCACUGAGGUUGGGGCCAGCCAUGGGGCCAAUGAAAAGGGAUAAGAAAAGGACUUACGUUAUGGCAGUUACUAUUGGUGAGAAUAAAGCUUUGAGGAUCUGGUGGUGCGCACGCGCGUCUCUGGGCUGGCUAAGUGACGAUCGGCAUGCCUCCGAAGGCUGUGUUUCCCGUGCGAAGUACACGGAGUGUGGGAACGACUCAGGCCAAGUUUUGUGCCAUAUUCAAACAGUGCUUUGUUUUAUUAAGAAAUACAAAUGAUAUUUUAAUUAAUAUUUAUAUUUAAUAUGUUUUCCUUGAAUUGAUAAAGUUUCAAGCAUCAACAGGGUGUCUACCCAUGUUGGGUCACAGAUUUCCUGUACAAUUCCCGUACAUUAAUAAAAAGGUUCAUGUACAUUUACAGCUUACACUAUCACUAAUUAGGAUAAUAUCAAUGUUAAAUAAAUUGUACAAAAAAUGUUCACAAAAAAUAUUUUUACCAAAAACUUGGAUUUCAAGAAAAUUUGUCACAGAAAAGUUAGGCCUACCUUUAUGUUGAUAAAAUUUAGCUCAUUCUAGGUUACUUUGCUCUGCAGCCAAACUUUGCCACAUGGCAACUGUCAAAUUUUUAACUUUUAUCGUUAGAGGCUGUAUAUAUACCUGUACCAGUUUUGUUGUUAUUAUUUUUGUUUCCCAUGUCUGUAUUUUUGGUAUAUUUAACUUAUACUGUUUGUGUAUUACCUUAUAUUUGUUGACGUGUCCUAUACCAUUUGUACAAAUGUCUGUAUGGUCAAAUGGAUGAAAAUAAAUAAAUAAAUAAAUAAACUACACACACCCAAAACAAUCGUGGCAGCAGCGCUGUUUUAGAAAGAUGCAUGGACUCGCAUGACCUUGCACGCAAUAUGCCACUUGCCAAAUGCCAAUUUUGCCAACCAAGUUCCUGUCCAACAGAGUACAGUACACCCGCCCCUCGAAGUAACACGGUAAUCCAUCCAAAGAAAAAUGGAGCACUAAUCAAAACAGCGCUAAUCAAAUACGUUUUAAACAUAAAAGAGUGCAUGUUAAACAAAAUAAUCUGUUUUACCGCCUUUGAAAUAUGUAUGUUUACUGUACCAUAGCUACUCCACAUUUAUCCCGUUUAAAAAUUGGUUGUCUGUUAAGUCGGUUUACGGACGAUAGUUUAACGUGACGUCAUAACAAAACAUUGGUGAAAUGAUUGCAUACUUUUAUGAAUAAGAUUGAAUAAUUUUGAUUUUAAUAAUAAAGGAAUAAUAACUUUUCACUUCACUUUAUAAACAGUUGAGUGGAAGAGAGAUAGAUGCGGCGCAAGCAUACAAUGAGUGUAACGGGACACAGCGUAACGGAACAAUGUGCGUAACGGGACAUUUUUUCGUGCGUGCAGCCGGCGUUCAUCGAUUUAUUAGACGUCACGUCAAAAAGUUUUUUUUUCUGGAAACGUAAUGUGCUGUCAACUUCAACUAGCGCAACCUGGCAUGCAUGAGAUUAACUGACCUCGAAAGCUUCUGACCUUUCUCGCCAGAUGGAAGUACAGUAAGUCCUCGGUUUACGUCGGGGUUACGUUCCUGAAAACCGCGACGUAAAUAGAAACGACGCAAAAUGAGCCAUGUUUCAUGCCACCGGCCGACCACGGCCCAAGGUCGGCCGGAAGCGCUGGCAUACAGAUGUGACAACGGGCAAUUUUAUCAGCAAAUUACAACCGACAGCGUGGGAAACAAGUUCAACUAGUACUUCUCAACUUUAUAGAAUGGUUAUUUAACCAGCUGCUUUAUUACCUUUAUUGAUUGAAAUAUAAAGAUAUAUAGUCGUUUGGAAGACAUCUUAUGAAGAAAAAAUCAUAAAUUGCAGUGAGCUGAUACUGUAGGCCUACUACAAACGCAUUUAAUCACGAUAAAGUUAACAACGGCACGUUUAAAACUCUGGCCAACUCAAUGAUAUCAUAGCGACUGAAGUAGAGCUGUAGCAAACCGUAUGUAUUCGUUACUGAGUAACGGGUGCGGCAUCUAGUAACGAGUAACGAAACGUUACACACGAAUGCAUUUCGUUACUCGCAUUUUUCGUAUGUUUUACGCAUGCGCGCGCUUAUUCGUUACAAAGAACGAUGUUUGUUUAUUAAGAAAAGUAUAAUUUGGAAAUUCGUCGUCCAAGUUUUUUACUGUUUAUUAAAGGUAUUGUGUGUGUAGACAAAGUUUGAGAUUGGAACAGAAACAACGUAAGAAAGUAUUUUUUACAAAUUAUAAAUAUGUAUGUUUUUGUUUUUUAUUAUCGCGUAUUUUCACGUUUUUUGUUCUUAUCUUAAAAGAGAUAUAAUAAAGCUGCUCUAAUGAGAUUUUAUUGUUUCUUGGUUAACAAAAGCUGUUAAUUAUCAAAUACUUUUAAUUGUUUAUAUUCGAUUUAUUAUUAUUUACGCGACGUCAUACUGUACGCGUACGAAAUACAACUCAAUUCGUUGCUGUUACAUAACAUAGCAUGUUAUGCGGUAUCAGAAGUAACGAGUAACGAUACGAAAGUAACGAGUACUAAUUGUUAUAGUAACGAAUACAUACGGGUACACUUUUUUUAGUUACUUUUACACCUCUACUGAAGUGCCAAGGAGUUGGACGAAAAGGGGUAGGAGAAAAUGCUGUGUCGUUGCGGGAAGUAGAUAACACUUAUAGUGCGAGAUACGUGGGUGGCCGAGCGGGUGGGCUGGUAGUAUUGCAUCACCGCGUGGAGAGCAGCGGAGAGCAGGAAGCGUCCCUCAUGAUGUAUGAUAAGAUAAGGCGGUGAACGUGUAGCUUACGCUACAUAGCAUAAAUUGAAGGAAACAAAGAAUUAUAAACGAAUUAUAUACGUUUUUUUGGUUAAAAUAAAGAUUUACGGUCAUUGUAAACGACGUUAUUGUGAAUCGGCGACAACUUAAAUUGAAACAUGAGUACUCAAACAUUAGCGACGUUAAUCCGAAACGACGUAAAUCGGUACGACGUAAAUAGAGGACUUACUGUAGUAACAUAAUCAUGGCUGUAUAAACACGCUCCACGGAUAUAUUAACGUAAUUUUAUUGCUUGUAAAACUUUUAACUAGACAUAAGAAAACAUGCAUCAGAAAAUUGAAUAACUAUUACGGAAAAGUGAAACUAAGGUUUUUUUUUUUUAAAUUCGUUCUUUUAUUAAAAUUAUACAAGUGCCGAGAUUUAUUAUGUUGCAUUGUGUUUGAUACAAGAGUCCCGUUGUCAUUAUGCGCGCGUGUAAAUUAAAAAAUUUUAUGGACGAAAAAGAACGCUACUUCAAAAAGAGUCCUAAUUAAUUGGCGCUAAUCGAGCAGCGUUACUUCGAGGGGUGGAUGUAUUCUCACACAGAACAAGACUGGCUUGCAGCUGUCGCCGGCCGGCGCAAUUAACUUUGUCAAAUGCGCUUAAUUUUUAUACCCACAUGAUAAUGGUCGCUUGUAUACAAAAAUAAUACGACACUGCAUAUAAUAUGAUUUUUGAUUCGUGACCACUGAAAUCAGCAUAAUAUUCUUGCAUUAUACGCCGGCAAAUACGAUAUAUUUUGCAGGUAUGUUGUCUACUUUCUUUCGAUGUUCACGAAAUGAAAACAAUUUUUUAAUAAAAAGAUUUAUCAUAAAUAACUUCUGCACACACACAAAGAUGUAUUAUUAUUAUUAUUAAUUAUAAUUACCAUCCGGACGAACUUUAACAAUAACCACACUAUACAACACGCAAAAAUAAACUGGAUGAAAAUUUAAGCAUGAGCAGGAACGACCAUUAACGAACGACCACAGUAACAAAACAAACUGGGCGAGUCCACGCGCCUUACGCAAGUGGUUAUCACGAUUACGCGGCAACUUGUGUUGGUUGAUCCCAUCAUCUGCAUUCAGCACUCUGCAAUAAAGCACCAGUAUAUUGUAGAGAAGCAAUAAUCACACAAUUCAGGAUUGUGCUGCAGUAAAAUCUUCACUUUUUAAUAUUAAUAUAUACAUAAAUGUUGACGGGCGGGGAAAAGUCAAAAGUUCCUGGACAUCGGGAUAAAUUCCCGCGCAAUCCCCAUAUUUUUCCCGGGCAGUAUAAUUCCUAUACAAUUCCCGUUUUGCCCGGUCGGUAGACACCCUGAUCAAUUUUCGGCACCACUUUUGCCUUAUUUUAAGAAUGCUUUUGGUCAAAUUUAUUUACUGUUUUCUGGGGUUCCCAGCUUCUCCAAAUAUUAACCCAGAAAAAAAUUUUAUGAACUGCAAAUUACUGCAAAACUCUAUCCAUUUCGCGAAAGUGUAAUUUUAUUUAAAAUAUAGAUUAAAAGAAAUCAUACGUACAUACUUAAACCCUAGUUAUUCACAAAUUUUCAGUGUGCAAGGUUACAAAAACAUUUUCUUUAUUUUCAAUGGAAUCAAGAACCAUUAAGUUAAUUUUUUUUUAAACAGAUGUAUUACAACAAUCCUGUUUACUCUUAAUAGCCUUCGCAAAGAAGUGUCCAUUGUUGUUAACUUUUCCCCUCACUAAUUGCACACAUGAAUAUGAAAACAAAAUACAAAUAUGAAACAGAUGCAAAGAAUUUUUUUGUUUUCAAGUAGGAAAUGUCACAAACAGUACGUGUUUUGAACCAUCCAAGCACAUUUUCCUACUACGUUCUUAAUAUUUGCUGUGUGUUAAAAAUAGCAAGUAUUGUUCACGUGUUUUUUUAUGCUGUCCCAUUAAACCAUCAAAACUGGGUAUUUGUACUGCAAAAAUGACAAACUCAACAGCUAACUUUCGUAUACAAGCAGCUCACAAAAUAAUAAAAUAUGCUAUAUAAAAUAUUCAUUAUCAAUUGUCAAUUGAAUAUUAUUUAUUUUGAAGUGUAAGUAUUUGAAGUUGAAUCAAAUACAAAUAAUAAACUAUUACUAUUAAAAAAUUUGAAUAUCCACACAGGUAUAAUUACUGUAGUGGAAAUCUACUAUUGUAAGCACAGGUUUCUUUCUUUUCUUUCUUUCUACAAAUAGCAAGAAUAUUCUAGUUACUGUUAAUGUUCAUUUAUUUCUGUAAGAGUACAUGUAAUGGACGAGCCAGAAAUGUUCUUAAUGUGUGAUGCGGAGCACAUUCCAGGCAACAUGUGGGAGCAGAAGGAAUGAAGAAUGCCCAGUGUGAGAAGACUACUCAUGUGUUGGAACCAUAUCUUUGUGUAAUCUCUACUGGGUUUUUAAAUGAAUAAAAAAAAAUUAUGUACAAUUAUAUUUUUAUUAUAUAAUUCAAGUAUAAACAUGUUUUUUUUUUUAUCUUUACAUUAAAAAACCUCUGACU